AUGACUGAGCUCAGUGUAAAUCCACCGGAAAAGGACAUUAAUAUUCUUGUGGCAUUUUUUCUGAAGAAAUCCUUUUCCCCACUUCCUUUCUUCCUUGUUUAUUUUAUUCUCACAUUUCUUUCCCUAUUCCGCCUUCAUUUUUUUUACGACCAUUCUUGCAUUUCAUUUUAUUUCAUUAUUCUCUCAGUUUUAUCAUAUCAUUUACUUUCUUUAUUCUUCACGAAAUUCGUUCUUCAUAUUUUUCAUAUUCUUCUUCUCGAGGUUAAUUUCGCGUUUCUUUAUUAUUCUUUAUGCAAACUUUUCAAAAUUUGUUCGUCUUCAUUUUUUUUUUCUUCUUUUUCACACAUUUCUCGUAGAACCUGCUUUUCUUCAUUUUUAUUCAUCUGGAAAUUAAUAUUUCUUGUAUUUGUUUUACAUUCGUUUCUCUACUUAAUUUUCUUCACUUUUUCACUUAGCUGUCUCAGCAUUGUGUACUAUUCUUCGAAUUUUUUCCCCCAGUCAAUCUCUCCUUUCUAUUCUUUAUUUCCCCUUCUUUUUAUCGUUCUUUUUGUACACAUUCUCUCUUCUCUUCUCUCUUGCUGGUUCUGUUUUGAGCGCCCGUUUUCUUUUCCUUUAUCCUCCCCUUCUCCUUCUUUCCUUGUAUUUCUUUUUAACGUCUGUUUUCAUCUCGAUCACCCUCUCUUUACAUUCUCUUCUCAUUUCUCGUUCUUUCUCGUCCUUUCUCGUGUCGCUUUUCUACUCUUCUAUUUCCUUCAUUUCCCUUUUUCUUUAUUUUUCUCGAACUUUUCAUCUCGUUCAUCUUCUCGUCUCUUUCUUUUUUUUCUUUUUUCCUUAUUCUUUUCUCUUCUCUUUCCUUGCUUCCGCUUCUUUCUUCUCGGCCUUUUUCCUCUCGUUCAUACUCUCUUUGCUUACCUGUAUCCGUCCUUUUUUUUCACUGCCAUUCUUCUUCUUUCUAUCCUUUCCAUUUAUCUCUAUCCUUCUUUCUCCUUCUCCUUGAUCUCUUGUGUUUUCUUCUUUCCUAUUUCCUUUUCCUCUUGUUUCCUCUUCCUUUCUUCGUUAUUUUUCAUCUCGUUCAUUCUCAUUUUUUUCUUUCUCUUCUUCUUUCUCGUUCAUCCCCUCUCUUCUCUUUCCAUCCUUCCUCCCAUUUCUUUCUUUUUUCUCGUCCUUCUCCUCUUCCUUCCACUUCUUUUUCUCUUCCUUUUUUAA